AUGAAUGCGCAAGUGCUUGUUCGUUCACAACAGCAUCUGAGGAACACGCACACAGAUAUAUAUAUAUAUAUAUAUAUAUAUAUAUAUUUCACGACUUUAGGUGCACUGAAGGAGAUGACGUCUUCGUCAAAAUCCAAGUACCACGUGCCGGAGCUGACCCAAGAUGAUGUUCCCGGUGGAGCGUGCUGCGUGGCUGAGACCACAUUUGCAACCCAAUUCCCUAGUUAUCUGGAGAGCUACAUACGAAGUAUUUGGCCAGCAGUGGAGACGGUCCUUGGGCAACACCAACUGACAGGGAAGUUGGACCUAAUGGAGGGAUCCAUGACCGUUGCAACUACCCGUCGGACGUGGGACCCAUACGCUAUCGUCAAGGCACGUGACUUUAUACGACUUCUCGCUCGAAAUGUUCCCCUCGCCCAGGCGCAGAAAAUAUUCCAAACGGAAAUUACUUGUGACAUCAUUCCCAUCUCACUAAAGGGAAAGAGCACUCGCAGAUUUAUAAAACGGCGCGACCGACUCAUUGGCCCCAAGGCCCAGACGCUAAAAGCUUUAGAAAUUCUCACGGGCUGUUAUGUUCUCGUUCAGGGAAAGACAGUAGCUGUGAUGGGCCCCGUGAAGGGGUGCCAACAGGUGCGAAAGAUUGUUGACGACUGCAUGAACAACAUCCAUCCAAUCUACGGUCUCAAGCAGCUACUCAUCAAGCGGGAGCUCGCAAAACGUGAAGACCUAAAGCACGAAGACUGGAGCCGCUUCAUUCCAGUUUACAAGAAGACCUUACAGAACAAAGAGAAGGCAAAGGCUGUCAAGAAAGCCAAGAAAGAGAAGCUUCAGGCUUCACUCAAGAAGCAAGCCAAUAAAGAGAAAUCCGUUUUUCCACCUGCUCCACCGAAGCGCAAGGAGGAUAUCGCCAUGGAAAGCGGUAAGGCGUUCCUGGUAGGUCAAAAGCGGCGGAAACGCGAUGAUUUCAAGAUGGAGUAG